AGUUUUCCGGUCGGACGGAGAAUAGUCGGAGUGUUUUAUUCGGUGCUCCGCUAUUUGCAGUGAACUCGAAGCGUCCAUUUUUAGUUUAUUUAUUUUAUUUUUUUAGAAAUUUAAAAUAAUUUAACGUCAAAUUCUCUACCUCAGUUCAACAGCAAUGGCAGGGAACUUCUGGCAGAGUUCACAUUACCUGCAGUGGGUGCUGGAUAAGCAGGACCUACUGAAAGAGCGUCAGAAAGAUCUGAAGUUCCUCACAGAGGAGGAGUACUGGAAGCUGCAGAUAUUUUUUGCGAAUGUGAUCCAGGCUUUGGGAGAGCACCUGAAGCUCCGCCAGCAAGUUAUUGCCACAGCAACUGUUUACUUCAAGCGCUUUUAUGCCCGGUACUCUUUGAAGAGCAUAGACCCAGUGUUGAUGGCUCCUACCUGUGUAUUUCUAGCAUCUAAAGUUGAGGAAUUCGGCGUUGUUUCAAACACCCGCCUUAUUUCUGCAGCCACGUCUGUGUUGAAAACUCGAUUCUCGUAUGCCUUUCCUAAGGAGUUUCCAUAUCGAAUGAACCAUAUCUUGGAAUGUGAGUUCUACCUACUGGAGCUUAUGGAUUGCUGUCUGAUUGUGUACCAUCCCUAUAGACCUUUAUUGCAGUAUGUGCAGGACAUGGGUCAGGAGGACAUGCUCCUCCCACUAGCAUGGAGGAUCGUGAACGACACGUACAGGACAGACCUGUGCCUGCUCUACCCUCCCUUCAUGAUAGCUCUGGCGUGUUUGCACGUGGCAUGUGUAGUGCAGCAGAAGGACGCCCGGCAGUGGUUCGCUGAGCUCUCUGUGGACAUGGAUAAGAUCUUGGAGAUUAUUCGUGUAAUCCUGAAGCUGUAUGAUCAGUGGAAGAACUUUGAUGACCGGAAAGAAAUGCCUGCCGUGCUAAACAAGGUGCCUAAACCCAAGCCACCACCAAACAGUGAGAAUGACCAGAGCGCUAACGGGAGUCAGAGCAGCUCUUACAGCCAGUCCUAAAGCUCCCCCUGUUGGAGCAGCCAGGCACAUGGACAGGGAGAGCCCAGACCACACACACAGCAGCACACCAUGGAGCUCUGCUCAAGUCCAAAUGUGUUUGUUUUAAAGACUGAGGAAUAGUAGACGCCUGUGAGAGCAGACACAACGCCACUGUGUGGAGCUAAUCUUUACUUACUGUAUGGAUUCACAGUGCUGGUCUCUUUGGUAUGGCUCAUACAGCUUGGCAUUAUGGCUACACACACACACACACACACACACACACACACACACACACACACCCGUCUGUGACGUGUGUUAAACUGUGUUGCUCUCAAUGAUCCUGACUUUCUUGAAAAAAAAAAAUAUGAGAAAACUUGAUCAUGUUUUGCAUUCUUGAGUGUAAGCAUGUGUGUGUGUCUUUGUGUGUCUUUGUGUGUCUUUGUGUGUGUGUGUGUGUGUGUGUGUCUUUGUGUGUGUGCGCCUCUUGUUGACCAUAUCACAGUUUGCAUUCCUCAGGGACACGGUUCUAGAAAAAGAUUGACCACAGGGCUAUAUGAUGGUGAUCGGACCUUGUACUGUGUACUCAUAUCCUGCUCGGAUAGUUCUCCUUUCUUUUGUUGCGGUUAGGUGUAGGCACUGUGAACGAGAGCGUACAGGUUGUUUCCUUUAGAAGUGCUCGUUUACCAUUUUCUCCCAAAACUGCACUUGUAUAUAUGCUUUGUAAAUGUAUAUGAAAAUAAAAAUCUUUAAGAUCA